AUGGAAUUAUUCAUUAUUUUUCUCAUCUUUGGAAAAAUACCGUUAGCGUUAGUACAAUUUUACAUAUAUAAACCAAAUUAUCGAGGGUUAAUAAGUGGAAAUAAUUUACCUUUUUGUAUCUGUCAAUUCGAUUCUUUUGGUGACCGAUGUGAUAUUAAAUACGAUCAAUGUUUAUUAACACCUUGUCAAAAUAAUGGUUCAUGUUAUUCGACUAUUGAACCAGAUACUAUCACAUGUUCAUGUACUCCAGAAUAUCAUGGAAGAAAUUGUGAACUCAGAAGACCACAUAUGAAAUUGUAUAUCAAUGAAAGUGUUAAUCAUGUAGCAGCUGUUGUUCAAUAUUUUGAUAUUGAUCUUAUUUCACUUAAUCUCAUUCUUGUUUAUCAAAAAGUAUAUCGACAUGAUCGAAAAACAUCACCACAAAUAACAUUAGUUAAAGUCUAUUCUUCUCCUGUUGAUGAUCCUGUUCAAAUCUAUUUGAUUUCUCUUCAUAUCAAUGCGAUAUCAAUUAAUGCAAUUACUCAAAUGAAUGAAAAAACUCAAGGUGUUGAACUCCGUACAUAUGACACAAAAUUUCUUUCAAACUAUUCUCCAAUUAAAUAUCAUUCUUUAUGUCGAAAUGAUUCAAAUUUAUUUUGUUUUCGCGACAAUUUUUAUCUAUGUAUUUGUGGUGAAAAUCAUACUCGAGUCGAAUGUUUUCGUUAUGAUCAUACAUUGGAUCAAUGUUCACGAUAUCAACCUGGUAGUCGUUGUUUAAAAGAAAAAGAUCAAUUUCUUCAAUCCAACACUUUUAUUUGUUUAUGUCCACAAUGUCGAUCAGGAAUUUAUUGUCAAUUAAAUUCAAAUUCAUUCGUAUUCACCCUUGAUCAACUCUUUUAUAGUGAUCUUAUUUCAAACAAGAAAAUGAUUGUUGUCUACUCAUUAAUUAUUAGUUCUAUGCUUCUCGUCCUUAUCGCUCUAGUAAACAACAUCUUUUCCUUUGUUACGUUUCGUCGUCAAAAAUGUUUACUCAAUGACGUAGGACACUAUUUAUUUCAUAUGAGUAUUAUCAAUCAAAUUAGUUGUAAUCUUCUUCUUGCUCGUCUUAUUCAUAUUAGUGUUACUGUCACCGGUUUACAUUCUCAUCCAACUGUUGACAAUAUUCUCUGCAAAAUAUUAACUUAUUUAUUGACAUGUUUUACUCGUGUUGCCUAUUGGUUUAUAUCAUUUGUGGCAAUUUUCUGGCGCAUAUGA